GCUCCUCGCAUCUCAUAGAGGUGUUAUUGCAUUGAGAAUAAACCAGGCAAGCGAUCAAAGAGUCGAAUGGAGUUUCCUCUUAAUGUCGCGUCACCUUUUGGCUACACAAUCUUCGGCUGAAAACAGAAGCACACAUCAGAAGCACAUAUUGGUUAUUGAAUUAUACCUGGUGGGACGUCGAGAACUGGAUUUCUAACUUAUUGAUAUCCGUGCGUUUGUUAAAAACAGGAGUUGACCAGGCGUAUCUGGGUGGAUUACAAUGUUAUUGUUCAUCACGGGCACUUGAGUUGAGUUUUCUGGAGAGUGUUUUUUUUAUGUGCGGUGUGGAGUUGUGCUCCCCGGGCUCGCAGCACUGAGAUCGGGACGUGUUGAGAACAGGGAGUCGGUGACACGGAGAACUCAUGGCGCAACGGUACCAGGAUCUGGUCCAUUACGGUUUGGAUGCCGUCGGGAUCCCGUCUCCGAUGUACGGGGAUCCUCACGCUGCCAGAGCGAUGCAGGCGGUGCACGUGAGUCACGGCCCGCCGCUGCACCAGUACGCGCACCCCGCAGCCCCCGGUGUCCCGUCGCCCGUUAACGACACCCUAAAACGGGACAAAGACGCCAUUUACGGACACCCCCUUUUCCCUCUGCUUGCACUAGUUUUCGAAAAAUGUGAAUUGGCGACUUGUACGCCGAGAGAGAUCGGGGUUACCGGUGAUGUCUGCUCGUCGGAGUCAUUUGACGAAGAUAUUACAGUAUUCUCAAAACAGAUAAGAGCGGAAAACCCCCUUUUCUCGUCGAAUCCAGACUUAGAUAAUUUGAUGAUUCAAGCCAUUCAAGUGUUGCGAUUUCAUCUGCUCGAAUUAGAGAAGGUGCACGAGCUGUGUGAUAAUUUCUGUCACCGCUACAUCAGCUGUCUGAAAGGAAAGAUGCCCAUUGAUCUGGUGGUCGAUGAUAAAGAGGGGGGGUCCAGAUCUGACGGAGAGGAAUUUACACAGCAGGUGUGUUGGAGGGAGGAUGAUGCUGCAUCUGUUCAUUCUUCUGAAGCUCCAGCUCCCUGUGGAAGACACUCACACAAUGGAGACAACAGCAGCGAGCACGGGGAUUUUUUGGAUCAGAGUGUUGCCUCUCCAAGCACAGGAGAAGAGGAUGACCCUGAUAAAGAACGGAAGAACAACAAAAAAAGAGGGAUCUUUCCCAAAGUGGCAACCAACAUCAUGAGGGCAUGGCUGUUUCAGCACCUUACGCACCCAUACCCCUCUGAGGAACAGAAGAGGCAGCUGUCUCAGGACACAGGACUCACCAUCCUCCAGGUCAACAACUGGUUUAUCAAUGCCAGGAGAAGGAUUGUCCAACCAAUGAUCGACCAGUCCAACCGUGCAGUAGGUCAUGGUGGCCCGUACACGCCUGAUGGUCAGCCAAUGGGAGGUUUCGUUAUGGAUGGACAGUCACACAUGGGCAUCAGACCACCAGCAGCUCUGGGUGGUCUUGGGGGAGUGAAUAUGGGGCUGGAGAGUCAGUGGCACUACAUGUAAACAAUCUCUCCUGCCAUCCUACUGAACACAACAAACAAGAGUGUCAGGCGAUUUUGGUCCUUUGAAAGGAUUGGUCCUCCACUCAUGAGUUUCUGAUGGAUUGGGAACAACUUGCACCACUAUACAGUAAAUAGCCUAUCGUCAAUGGUACAAACACCCUCAAGAAACUCCUACAGCUUUACUCUCUGAAAUUUCUAGAGGCGCCGUCCUCGCAACACAGACAGUUUCAGCACGCUUCGAGAGCCCCUUCAUUCAACAUGGCAGCCUGGACUCGUGUUUCAUGUGAUGGGCAGAUCAACCGUAUCAGUGAAGAGAAACAAUGAAAUAGAAAAGAAAUGCCUCAACACCUGGACAUACCUCCUCUGGGCCAGGAGAUUCUUUAACGUGACCUCUCACCUGGAACCAGUUGAUUGUUCCAGUGGCCUUAAAGGUCAGAACAAAAGUCUUGCGUUUCAACUCAAGUGCCACCUGAAAUGAAGAUUCAUUUAUUCAGAAACACAAAAGACGUGUUUUUCUGCCGUGGGCGUCACACCAGCCAACAUCGACGCCACUUGCAGACAUCUACGACAGUUUGCGAUCUAAACAGGGAGGAAAGAACUUUGUUGAAUGUCUGUGCAAAGAAAUUGAACACACUGCAAAUAUUUCUUAAUCAGUAUUUUUGUCGUAAAAAUAUCAAAAUACCCCCCAAGAUAAAUUGACUUGAGAAGCUAAAUUAUUAUACUGUAGAAUAAAAAAUGUGUCUUGAAUUAUUGUAAUUUCUUGAAUAAUGUUUUAAGCAUAAAACUCACAAACUUUUGUUAGAUUUAUACUUAAAUCACAAAUUGCCAAUGGAGCAAGAAAAUAAACUUUAGUUAUAUAUUUUGCUUCUUAGGUGAAUUGUUAAGUAAGAUAUUAUAUUUAGGAUAUUUUUAAGAUGAAUAUUGUGAGAUAUUGUGAGAUUUGUUUUCUCUUGAAUUAUAAUUUUUUUACCCCAUUUGCAAAGUUGGUAAAGUUUUUUCUUGUUUUAAGCAUAAACUUCUUAUGCAUAAACAUGCUUAAAACAAGAAAACGCAUGAAAAAUGGACUUAAUUCUAGAUAUAUUGUCUGCAAAAUUUAGUUUUAUUAUUUUAGACAAUUUAGCUUCUUAAGCACCCUCCAAAAAUUUCAAUUUCAUAACAAAAUCGCAUUAAAUUAAAUUGAGUAAUCUUUAACCAAAUAAAAUAAAACAAACUAAAUAUUUUCAAUUUGAUUAAUUACAUUUUGAUAAAGAUUCAACAAUUGAAUUUUGUGGAACGUCGUUAUGCAAUUUGAAUGCAUAAAUGUUAAAAAAAUAUGCUAAAAUAUUUUAAUUAAUCUUCUUUUAAUAAAGUUUAGAUAUUAUUACUGGAAA